GUUUUGUUCCUUGAUUCGACACCAGGAAGCGAGACCAACAGGCUAGCUGUUACUGUUACCGCGAUGAAAGCACAAAAGAACCAGAAAACAUAACAUUAAUGGUUCGGAUUUGACCAUUAACGACCCAGUUAAGGAGCCGUUCCACUGUAUUUAAGGAUUAACAUCGCUGUAAUUCGCCGCGUAUACUGUUGGGACUGAUAGCUAGCUACCGUUUAGCCAUCUGGCAAGAUUGUCGCUUGCUAACGUUAGCAGCUGGUUACCGUUAGCAAGUUGACGAUGGCUGUGGCGCAUAGAGGUUGUGUUGUGGCUGGAUAUUUACUCGCACUGCUGCUGGCUGGGUGCAAAGCGAGGAUACACAAGCUCACUUUAAAGAAUGAAACUCGGUUUGCCGUCGAUCUCAACAAUUUUGGUUUCUAUGCCAAUGGGACUCUGGAUGUCAACCUGCUUUCUCUGCGCCUCCCAGAGCAGCCGGUGAAUUACAGCCUCUACCCUGUUGGUUUCAGCCUCUCAAGGUCACGUGUGAAUGGAGUCUUGUCCUACACUGCGGAAGAGACCGAGACAUGCCCACUGACUCUCACAAAGCUGACCAACAACGAGCCUCUCAUCCUUUUUCUCAUCGAUAUCAGCACCCUCAGUGUCAAUGUGAGAGCUAUGGGUGAUCAAGACAACAUCUUGCGAGCAAAGCCAAAGGGUGAAUCGCCUAAAGGCCAGAGGAAAGCCAGGCAAGCUCUUGCUAAUACUGCUGUUAAACCCGGGGAUAAACAGACAACAAAUGGAGAAAACAAUGCAGGUCAGACAGACAAGAAGGCUGACAAGAAGGCUGUUGAAAUGGAAAAUAAACCUGCGGUUGCAAAGGAAGAAGUUGAGACAGAAGCAAAGCCAAAGCCUUCAGUAGAAGCUACUGAAAAGGAUGAGAAGGAAUUCCAGCUGGGGAAGAACACCCAGUUUACUCUAGCUCUGGACAAAGAUAAGGACACAGGUUCAUACAAAUUCAAAUUCCACAUGGUGGUGGGGAUGCUGGCGGAGGGUCUGUACAGCCUCAAGUUCCACUACUGUCAGAACAGGGUGCAAGGAAUCAAGCUACCCUACUCAUUUGCCGUGGAAGUGAUAGAGGAGAAUCCAGGUGGCUACCUGUCUGCAGCAGAAAUUCCUUUGUCUCGCCUUUACAUCGGUAUGGCCGGAGUCUUCUUCACCGCUGCCAUGAUCUGGGUGUACACACUCAUGAAGCACAGGUACAGCGUGUUUAAGAUCCACUGGCUGAUGGCAGCACUGGCCUUUACCAAGUCCACAUCAUUGGUUUUCCAUAGUAUCAAUUACCACUUCAUCAACACUGAGGGGCAUCCCAUUGAAGGCUGGGCUGUCAUGUAUUACAUCACACACCUGCUCAAGGGGGCGCUGCUGUUCAUCACACUGGCACUGAUCGGCACCGGCUGGGCUUUUGUGAAAUACAUCCUGUCUGACAAGGAAAAGAAGAUCUUCAUGAUUGUCAUCCCUCUGCAGGUCCUGGCUAAUGUCGCCUACAUCAUCAUCGAGUCUACAGAGGAAGGCUCCAGUGAAUAUUAUCUGUGGAAGGAGAUUCUCUUCCUGGUCGACCUCAUCUGCUGCGGAGCCAUCCUUUUCCCUGUUGUCUGGUCCAUCCGUCACCUACAGGAGGCUUCUAGCACCGACGGCAAAGAAAAUGUCAAAGUCAUGGGAGUAUUACCAGCUGCUGAAUCUGCAAUGAAUUUGGAGAAGCUCAAGCUCUUCCGGCAUUAUUACGUUAUGAUUGUGUGUUAUAUCUACUUCACAAGGAUCAUAGCCAUCCUGCUCAAGGUCACUAUGCCUUUCCAGUGGCAGUGGUGCUACGAGUUUCUGGUGGAGGUGUCUACUCUGAUCUUCUUCGUGUUGACGGGCUACAAGUUCAGACCAGCAUCCAACAACCCCUACCUCCAGCUUCCCCAGGAUGAGGAGGAUGUAGAGGCGGAUGAAGUUGUGACUGAGUCAGGUGCACUGGAGGGAAUUUCCAAAGUCAAGAAGACGUGUAACGGACGCGAGCGCCAGAAAGAGUCCACCUUGUGAGCAGGAAGCUGCAUCUUUGGGGGUCGGAGGAUCCACUAAACUUCCCCAUGCCAGCCGGUACAAAGGGGUGCACAUGGACCAAGGCUCCCCACCCCCAGUGACAGCAUUCCUUUCGAGACUCGUAGAGUGGUUGCAGUGGUCGUGUCCACUGUCUGGCUAUGCAAAAAAAAAAAAAAAAUUAAAGACUAACUUUGUUGGACGCUCUCCAAUUCCUCUGAACACUCCACCCAGAAACUCUGAAGGGUUUCAGAUGGAGACGAGUCUUUGCCACAUGGAUGAUGGGUGGAGACACGGAAAGGAGCUCUGAUGUUCUUUAGUUUUCACUUCUCUCUCUCUCUCUCUCUCUCUCUCUCUCUCUCCAAAGAUAAUUAUCAUUUUAGAGAAAGACUUGCUUUUGGGUGCAUUUAUAUUGGCUAUUUAAUACGGUACUUCUGCGAGCCUCUUAGUUGUACCUUUUUGUGGGUGAUGUGAGUACACGUAUGUGUGAAUGUGAGACAACACAAGAUUUGGACACAACCGUUUUCUUCCCUUUGGAGACAGUGGCCCUUGCUCAGGUAAAAAGGCUAAUCAGUAUAUAUUUAAAACUUAGGCAACAAUCUGAACACGUUAUUUCUUAUUCCCACGAUUCAGGGGUCAGUAAUGUUCCCAUCGCUCCUUAUACAACUUCAUCACCAUGCAGUACAAGUUAUGUUACUUUUUCCCAUAGGAUUGAUUUAUAUAUUGAAAUAUAUGGAAGAGGUUGUAUAUUUCAAUAUAUUUACUUAUUGCAUAUUGAAAUGUUAUAUUUCAGUAUUAUUGUUUAUGUUGGAGAGGUAAGAGUUCCUCCCAGUCCGUCACAUGGACUGCUGCUGUAAUUUAGUGCUUUAGUGGUUGAGGUCAACUCACAUCUCUGUGAAAUCAGCCCUAGAUGGUGACACGUGAAGCUCUUAAUGAACAAAGAGGUUGAUGAAUCAGUCUCUCAGAUAACUAGAGCAGUGGCCCUGAUUACGUUCAACGACGGCCUUGGGUUUUGUUUUUUGUUUUUUGUUUUUCCCUCAUUUGGCCACACUGUGCCAAUCUAGGCAGAGAGGUGACCUAACGGAUCAUAUUUGAAUUUGUCUGCUUUUGGUUUUACCUUCUUGCUCUUGAUGUGAAGCUUAUUUUAUUAAUUAUUGAUGACUUAUUGGUGAAAGAUGAGAAAAAACGUGUGCAGCCGGGCAGGUUAGAUGGCCAUUUGUAAAUAAUUUACAGAGACUGUUGAUAUAAAAGGAGACACAUAACACGUCGUAAGAACUGUGUAGAGGCUUUAUAGACAGUGAUUCAGGUGGUUCAUUUUAAAUGGGAUGGGUUGAUUCCUGUAAUAGAAGGAGGGCAGGAGUACAUGCGAGGAAUUAAGGACAGACUACUGAGAUUUAACCACAGACACUCCUGUACAGGUAUGAAGGAGCUACACUGUGAUUACAGACUGUUAAUUUGUCUCCUGGUACGAACACAGGAGGUAACAGUCAGUACACAAGUUGAGCAGAGAAGGUUUUGUGCUUGUUACAGAGGACAGUUUGAUGUCUGUGUGAAUUUUCACAAUAAAGCUUGUGUUCUGGAAAGGUCUCAAA